CCACACUUUCCGACUCUUGGCUCGUGAGAGGGAACUGGCAGAAGCAAGAAGAAGGAUAGAGGAGAGGGGACAACCACAAGUUGGUCUCGAAGUUGACGAAGUUGUAGUUGAGGAAGAAUUUGAAUUCGAAGAGGAAGGAAGUUAAGCCGAGAUGACGGCUAAUCAAUAAGCUCAAGCGGGAGCUGCGAAGCAACUGAGGACUAUGGGCUACUACAUGGCUCCACGGGCGGCGGAUAUUCAACCUACCAUUCGACAUCCACCCAUGGCCGCCAACAACUUCGAGACCAAGCCCGACCUCAUCACAAUGAUCCAAAACAAUGUGCUUCCAUGGGCUUAGAGAUGAAUCUCCAAGGGAGCAUGUUCAGAGGUUUAUCGAGAUUGCAGGAAGUUUGAAGAUCAAUGGGGUGCCCGAAGAUGCUUUGAAGUUGAGGCUAUUCCCCUACUCUCUUACCCGGAAUGCGCUCAGGUGGCUCAACAAUAGACCACCCCUCUCGAUUACCUCAUGGGAUGAUUUGCUCAACACGUUCAUGACUUGAUAUUGCCCACCUUCCAAGACGGCGAAGUGGCGUAAGAAGAUCACCCAUUUCAAACAAGAGGAGGAUGAGACAUUGAUGGAUGCGUGGGAGAGGUAUUCCGACUACUUCCUCCAAUACCCACAUCAUGGAUUUGAAGAAUAGUUUCGAAUUGAGACCUUCUAUGGUGGUCUCCUCCAAGAUGACAAGAUCCUCAUUGACUCUGUAUGUCAAGGGAAAUUGAUGAACAUGACUCCACCUCAAGUGACCCAAAUUCUUGAAGACAUGGAGACAAAAGGGUAUGAUUGGGGCUUGACAAGAAGCAGUGGAAGCAAUAUCGAGAGAGGAGUACGUUCUGUGGAAGCAAGUCCUCCGCUUGCCGCUAAGAUUGAUUGUCUGCUUGAUACUCUCCUUGAAGAUAAGAAUCAAGGGAAGAAGCCAUUGAUGGCAUGUGAUUGGUGUUUGAGUACCAACCAUGAGAUUUCGGAGUGCCAAUUGAUGAAGGAAGCGAGCAUCCCCAAGGAACAAGUGAGCUUCAUCGCUAAUGCUAUGAACAACAAUCCCUAUAGCAACACUUAUGACCCGGGGUGGCGAAACCAUCCACAUUUCUUAUGUUCUUCCCAAAGUAAUUCGAUCCCUAGGCUUAUUGUCACAUUGACCGAUCACUCUGUCAUUAGCCCUAGAGGUAUUGUGGAGGACGUCCUAGUGAGAAUGGACAAAUUUUACAAUUCGACGGAUUUAGUUAUCCUUGAUAUCAGUGAAGAUGCGGAUAUGCCACUCAUUCUAGGACACCCUUCCUUGCCACCUCCAAGGCCUUAAUCGAUGUUACCGAGGGAACACUAAUUUUGAGAGAUAGAGAAGAGCAGCUUACUCUCUUAAUUGAUCCUAAGGUCAAGAAUGAUGAUGUAAAGGAAAUGGACUCGAAUGGUAUGAUUGGAAGUGGAGGCGAGCCUCUCAAGGCGAACCCCACUAUUACUUGUGUUCCUUGUGGUGAUGUGAAGCAUGAAAAAGAGGAGGCUAUCAAACCCGAAAAAAGGAAAAGGGGAGCAUGGAGAGAAAGGAUGAAUCCUGUUUAUACCUGAAAUAAAGACAAGGGUAUAAC